AUGAUCCUGCGCCAUAAAAUCUAUAUACUAGCUUUGCUUCUGAUUGUUACCUCUCUAUGUGUGUGGGCUGAAGAGGCGCAGGGUACAGGUGAUAAUCGUGCUCUUGAAACUGAAUCUGAAAUUAAACUUUUUUCUCAGAUAGAGAAAAAGAUCGAACCACCUCCUCCUGGUAAUUCUGGGCCUCAGGGUCCUGCUGGUAAUGAUGGUCCUCCUGUUACUUGUCCUUCUGUUGCUGACGGUGCUACUGUCGGUAGUUGUCCUCCUGCUGCUGCUAAACUUUCUGGUGUUCAUGUGCCU